CGACCUAGUCUCUGUAACACGUUAAGACGCUACAAUAAUAACAUACCUGUCUGGAAAUAUGCAUGUAAUAUAGGUAGUCAGAUGUCCCCCUCUGUCGAUAACACAUUUCGGAAUUUCGAAGCAAAGUGUACCAACGCCCUUCAAACACUUAUCAGUUGCUCUUGCCAUUGGCUAAAAUUGGUCGACUCAUUUUAUCAGCUUAUUCCACUCUGUACGGUGUGCGCGCCGUCAACCGUCUGCUGCAGCCUCGUGCUUCCCUUCUCUUGGGUUCUCAGUUGUGUUUCUGCAUUCAAACUGAGAAUAUCGCUCUUAGGCAGCACAGAAGGAUUUCUUUCAUUUCCAGCAAACAAUUAUUUGCAUCAACGACAAUAAUGGCAGCUAAGCAACGUGUUUGUAUCAUCGGCUCCGGUAAUUGGGGUUCAGCCAUAGCCAAAAUCGUUGGCUCAAAUGCUGAGAAACUGCCGAUUUUUGAAGAUCGUGUCACCAUGUAUGUUUACGAGGAGAUUGUAAAUGGAAGAAAAUUGACUGAACUUAUCAACGAGACUCACGAGAAUGUCAAGUAUCUACCAGGUCAUAUUCUUCCUGCAAACGUGGUUGCUGUUCCCGAUGUCUUGGAGGCUGCCAAGGAUGCGGAUAUUCUUAUCUUCGUGGUGCCCCAUCAGUUUAUACAGAGGAUAUGCAGCACCCUUUUGGGUAAAAUUAAACCCACGGCAAUCGGACUCUCUCUUAUUAAGGGAUUCGACAAGAAGGACGGAGGUGGUAUCGAGUUGAUCUCCCACAUCAUCUCCAGGGAACUUCAUAUACCUGUGUCUGUUUUAAUGGGCGCUAAUUUGGCUGGCGAAGUAGCCAAUGAAAUGUUCUGUGAGACUACCAUAGGAUGCAAGGAUGAAGAAAAGGCACCCAUCCUGAGAGAUCUUAUUCAGACUUCGUACUUCAGGGUAGUUGUUGUCGAGGAUGUUGAUUCCGUAGAGUGCUGCGGAGCAUUAAAGAACAUCGUAGCUUGCGGCGCUGGUUUCGUCGAUGGCAUGAAUCUCGGCGACAAUACGAAAGCUGCUGUGAUUAGACUUGGUUUAAUGGAAAUGAUCAAAUUUGUUGACGUUUUCUUCCCUGGAGGUAAACUCAGCACCUUCUUCGAGAGUUGCGGUGUUGCCGAUCUGAUUACCACCUGUUACGGUGGACGUAAUCGUAAAGUCUCUGAAGCAUUCGUGAGGACGGGCAAGAGUAUCGAUACACUAGAGAAAGAAAUGCUCAAUGGUCAGAAACUUCAAGGACCGUUCACCGCUGAAGAAGUGAAUUACAUGCUGAAGGCAAAAGACAUGGAAAGUAGGUUUCCUCUGUUUACGGCUAUUCAUCGAAUUUGCAUCGGUGAACUAAAGCCUACAGACCUUAUCGACUGCAUUCGCAGCCAUCCAGAACACAUGGGGUCAGCCAUAGCAAAAAUUGUCGGUGCAAAUGUCGUUAAAUUCAAUAAUAAGUUCGAGGAGGAAGUCACCAUGUACGUCUACGAAGAGAUGAUCAACAAUAAGAAGCUCACGGAAAUUAUAAAUGAGCAGCAUGAGAAUGUCAAGUAUCUUCCGGGACAUAAACUUCCUGCGAACGUGGUGGCCGUGCCUGACGUGGUGAAUGCCGCCAGGGAAGCUGACAUUCUUGUUUUCGUGAUACCUCAUCAAUUCAUCAGAACACUAUGCGCUACUUUACUCGGAAAGAUCAAGCCUACGGCUGUUGGUCUAUCACUCAUCAAGGGCUUCGAUCAAGGCGAUGGCACGAGCAUUGAGCUUAUUUCGAAGAUCAUUGAAAAACACUUGAAUAUACCAUGUUACGUGUUAAUGGGUGCCAAUCUAGCUAACGAAGUGGCCGAAGAAAAAUUCUGCGAGACGACCAUUGGCUGUAAGGACAAAAGGUUGGCACCAUUAUUGAGAGACGUCAUUCAAACUCCAAACUUUAGGGUAGUCGUUGUUGAGGAUGCUGAGGCUGUUGAAGUUUGUGGUGCUCUUAAGAAUAUCGUCGCUUGCGCCGCAGGAUUUGUAGAUGGCCUUGGACUAGGUGAUAACACGAAAGCUGCUGUGAUCAGACUGGGCCUAAUGGAAAUGGUUAAAUUCGUCGACACUUUCUACGGCGGCUCAAAACUUUCCACGUUUUUUGAAAGCUGCGGUGUAGCAGAUCUUAUUACCACUUGCUACGGCGGUCGAAAUCGUCGUGUUUGUGAACAAUUCGUAAAAACUGCAAAGACUAUCAAAGAACUGGAAGAUGAACUUUUGGCUGGUCAGAAGCUUCAGGGUCCAGCUACGGCAGACGAAGUAAAUGCGAUGUUGAAAAAUCGUAACUUGAUGGACAAGUUUCCAUUAUUUACAGCAGUUCAUCGUAUUUGCACUAAGGAUCUCAAACCUACUGAACUCAUCGAUCAAAUCCGCAGUCAUCCAGAACAUGUGUUCGCUCCUAAAACAAUGUACUUAUACUAAUCCUGUGUCCUGUUCCCUACUUCCAUAACCAAAGGACUACGUGUCACCGUAUCUAUAACGAAAAUAAUUUAUACCUUCUGGUAUUAUUAUUUAUUGUAAAAUUAUUUACUGCACUAUUCUGUUAUAUAUCAACAGUGAAUUUUCAUUCACAGUAACAUGAUCCGAUUAUAUUUAUAUAAUUUUGUUUUUUUGACAGUAUGCGAUUGGAAGGUGUUGUGGAAGAUGCUGAAGAUGAUGCGUAAUAAUGAUUGUAUCUUGAAGUUCAUAAUAUCUGAAUUCAUAAUAUCUGAUCUGCUGAUUUAGAUUACUGUAAAUAGAAUAGAUCGAAUAAGAAGUUCUUGAGAAUUGCGAUUGUAUAUAUUGUAUGUAUAUAUUAUUGCUGCUGUUCACAUCGCUGUAAAUAAAGAAAUAUAAAAGCUAAAA